AUGUUAAGGAAGAUAAAGCAUUUCAAAGCUAUGGUUGAUUUGGGUCAGUUGAUUGGAAAGGAAUAUGGUCAGUUCUUCGAAGUUAGGGAUAGCAAGUCAGGAGAGCUGAUUGAGGUCACUGAUGUGCAUCAACUAACUAAUCAAUUCUUAGAAGAUGUCGAUUUUGGAGAUGCAGAGGAGAACGAAGAAGUCAAAGAGAUUAUCGAUCCAGUUGCUGGUAGAGAUAAUAGGGAUUAUGUAGAUGACAAUAAAUCAUAGAAAUUAUCUCAUGAGGAAAUAGAAGCACUUAAGAAACAAGGCAUGUCUGGUAAUGAGUUGAUUCAGUAGUUAGUUUAGAACUCAGAGACGUUUAGCAAAAGGACAAAGUUCUCACAGGAAAAAUAUCUUAGAAAGAAAAAGUAGAAGUAUCAAAUAACAUUCCAAUUGAAAAAACCAACUGCUCUAGAGUUGUGUAAUGUAUACUCAUAAACCCAGCCAGCCAAAAUAAUGGGUCUGAGAGCAGAUUCACUAGCACUACUGUUAAAUAUGGCCAAUAUUAAUCAAGAAAGUAGAGUCAUACUAUUAGACAAGACAAAAGGUCUACUUACUGGAGCAUUAAUCGAGAAGGAUGUGAGAGAGAUAUUGCAUGUUGAAUUCACAGGGCAUCAACUUAAACUAUAGAAUGAAAUUUUCUUAGAAUAUAACUAUAAGCCUGACAAAGUUAAGCGUAUUUAGUACCUUCAUCAUACUAACUUGGACUAGUCUAUAGUUCAAAGCGACAGCCUCCUAAAUGCAAUCAUACAGACCAAAACUAAACACUACAAUAGCAUGAUUAUGGUGCAUGAAGAUUUUAAUUAGGUUGAAAUGUACAAUCACAUCGAGCAUUUAAUUUAACCUUCUGCCAGUAUUGCUGUUUUUUCACUUUAUAUUCAGUCAUUAGCUGAGUUGAAAGAUCAUCUACUUACAAAUAAAAAGGCAGUGAACAUUAAGAUUGAAGAGCUCUGGACUAGAGAAUAUUAGGUGCUUCCAAUGAGAACUCAUCCAAACAUGAAUAUGCAUGGAGCUAGUGGUUUCAUUCUAUCAGCUGUAAAGGUAGAAUGA